GGUGUGGAUGCCGAUAUAUUAAUCGUGAUCGUGUGUUGGUGUGGACGGGCCUUUAAUGUCUAUCACCAGGCCAAUAAAUCAUGAGAUAAGCAGCUUGUCUGCUGUGUUCGUCUCUGUUUUAUCUGUCUGUGUCUGUGUCUGUGUCUGUGGAUGUGAAGGUCUGGGCAGCACAGGCAGAGUUCAGGUGAUUCUGUUUCUUGCUGGAUCUGGAGGACUUCUACCGAAUGAAACCACCUUCGCCAAACUUCUGCAGAAGCAGGGUUACACCACCGGCAUUGUGGGUAAGUGGCAUCUGGGUGUGAACUGUGAGAGCAGGAACGAUCACUGCCAUCAUCCCAACAAUCACGGCUUCGACUUCUUCUACGGGCUUCCCUUCACCAACUUCAAUGACUGCAAGCCCGGAGCAGGGAAAGGCGUCCUGGUGGAUGUGCAGGAGACGCUGUGGCAGAUAUCUGUGCUGCUGACGCUGGCCUCUCUCACGCUGCUCGCGGCCCGAGCCUCGGGUCUGCUGCGGGUCAGCUGGACACUCGUGGCGUUUCUGGCCGCUAUGUCUCUGCUGAGCUUCGCCGUGUGGUUCGUGCCGUUUGAACUCCUGCGGACCUGGAACUGCAUCAUCAUGAGGAACGGCGAGGUGGUGGAGCAGCCCCUGAAGCUGGAGACGCUGAACGCCAGGCUGAUGAGCGAAGCCGAGCGGUUCGUGGAGAGACACAAAGACGGGCCUUUCCUGCUCUUCCUGUCAUUGGCACACGUGCACACGCCUCUCUUUGUGUCCGAGGGUAUCUUGUGUUUGAUCACAGGUAGAAUGAUGGAGACCAUUGCAAGGCUUGGCCUGUCCGAGAAAACCUUGAUGUACUUCACCUCUGACCACGGUGGCCACAUCGAAGAGGGUCCAAAAGGAGGCUGGAAUGGAAUCUAUCGAGGUGGUAAAGCCAUGGGCGGCUGGGAGGGAGGAAUCCGAGUUCCGGGAAUAUUCCGCUGGCCUGGACGUCUCAACCCGGGACGAGAAGUGGCAGAACCAACAAGUCUGAUGGAUGUUUUUCCCACAGUGGUGAAGCUGGCAGGCGGAGCGCUGCCGGAGGACAGGAUCCUGGACGGCCGUGAUCUGAUGCCUCUGUUGGAGGGCAGAACGAACCGCUCGCAGCACGAGUUCAUGUUCCACUACUGCGGCAUGUACCUGAACGCUGUACGCUGGCACCCUCCCGACAGUGAGUCCAUCUUCAAGGUCCAUUUCUUCACACCAAACUUCUCUCUAGCGGGAGCCGUGGGCUGUUACCACACCGGCGUCUGCAUGUGUCACAGGCCGUUUGUGACGUAUCACAACCCUCCGCUGGUGUUCGAGCUCAGCAGGGAUCCGUCAGAGAGCCGUCCGCUCUCACCGGACACUGAGCCGCGGUUGGCAGAGGUGCUGGAGCGGGUCAAACGGGCCGUGACGGAGCACCGCAGAACUCUGGCGCCGGUGGAGAAACAGCUGACGUGGACAAAGGUUCUGUGGAAGCCGUGGCUGCAGCCCUGCUGCGGGACCUUCCCUUUCUGCUCCUGCGAGGAGAGCAACCACACGUCUGCAGCAGCAGAGUGAAGAGAUGGAUGCCACAGAAGAAAAACAUUCACAAAGAUAACUGCACAUUUUUCUCUCAAUUGCAAUUUUAUAUCCCACCAUUCAUCCUUUUUUGUCUUGCAGUUCUGACUUUUUUCCUCAGAAUUACAAGUUAUAAAACUGCAAUUGUGAGUUUUUAUAUAUUGCAAUUUUGACUUCAGGGUUUACAUCUCGUGUUUCUGACAUUUUCUGAUAAUCUGAGUUUAAAUAUAAAAAUUUUGACGUUAUUCCUCAGAAUCGCGAGUUUGUCACAAUUGCAAGCUAUAAACUCUUAAUUGCAAGUUUACAUCUUACAAUUCUUUUUUCCUCAGUAAUUGUGUUGUAAAAUUACAAUAGUAAUCUCAAAAUUCAGUCUUUUUCUCAGAAUUGUGAGUUUGCGUCACAAAAGCAAGUUAUAAACUUAUUUCAGAGUUUAUAUCUCACAAUUCUGACUUUUUUUUCCUCAGAAUUCUGUUUACAUAUCACAAUUUUUUCCCACUUAGAAUUGGGAGUUUACAUCUUUCAGUUUUUUUUUUUCAUUAGUUCAUUAAAUUUAUAUCUUGCAAUCUAUUUUCUCCCUCAAUUUUUUUAGACUCCUGACUCGAUCACAUACAUAUGCAGAAUUUUGAGAAAAGUCAGAAUUAUGACAUUUAAUUUAGCAUUUCUGAGAAAAACAACUCUGAAUUUUGCAAUUGGAAGAUAUAAACUUUCCAGAAAAAAAUAGUCUGAGUUGUGAGAUAUAAACUCACAGUUGUGUUUUAAUAAUUUUAUUCUGUGGUGUAAAUAAGCUUCCACACAGAACUGAUGCUGAUGCAGAGACGAUGCUGUUAGUGCUUCAAAAGAGAAGCGUUCUCCUGGUGAACAUGAUUUAAUAUGAAGUGCAUCAGUCCUGCUGGACAGCAUACUGUCAGGCCUUCAUCAUAUCUGUCUGAAAGUACAGGAUAAAGUAUUAAAGCUUGGAAAUAUUUCUACAUUAAAUAUUAAACUUUUGAAGAGUGAAAUCAUUGAUUUUCUUUUAUCACAGCAUCACAAUACAAUAGAAGACUUCUGUGAUGUUCUGUGGUUUUAGUUGGUUUGUGUUACUUCAAAUGUUUCACCCUGCUUGAAAAAAAAACAACAAAAA